AUAAUAAAUAACUGGCCCUCCAUUAUGCGAGUUCAGAGAAUCACAGGGAUCGUUCGCUCCCAGAAGAACGGUACUAACAGGAGUGUGGAGAUCUCGGCAAUUAAGGCCAUGGCGGCGGUGCGAAGGCUUGCCUCCUCUCUUCUCUCGCGCUCUCUCUCCGCUUCUUCCCCUCGCUCUCUCACCUCUCCGUUUCGCGGAGAUGGAACACGUGCCUCUGCAUCGGGGGUUCUUCAAAGGUUUAGCACCGCAGUUGCAGUUGAAGAACCAAUCACGCCACCAGUUCAAGUACACCACACACAGCUUCUGAUCAAUGGGCAAUUUGUAGAUGCGGCAUCAGGUAAGACAUUUCCAACAUUAGAUCCUAGGACUGGGGAAAUGAUUGCCCAUGUUGCUGAAGGAGAUGUGGAAGAUGUCAACCGUGCUGUUGCUGCUGCUCGCAAGGCAUUUGAUGAAGGACCAUGGCCGAAGAUGACAGGCUAUGAAAGGUCACGCAUACUUUUGCGGUUCGCAGAUUUGGUCGAGAAACAUAAUGAUGAGAUUGCAGCACUUGAGACUUGGGAUAAUGGGAAACCUUAUGAACAGGCUGCCAAUGUAGAAGUUCCAAUGUUGGUCCGUCUAAUGCGAUAUUAUGCUGGUUGGGCAGAUAAGAUACAUGGACUUGUUGUGCCAGCUGAUGGUCCACAUCAUGUGCAAGUCCUGCAUGAGCCAAUUGGUGUUGCGGGACAGAUUAUCCCAUGGAACUUUCCACUUCUUAUGUUUGCUUGGAAGGUUGGCCCGGCAUUAGCAUGUGGGAACACCAUAGUAUUGAAGUCUGCAGAGCAAACUCCUCUGUCUGCUCUUUACGUGUCCAAACUGUUGCAUGAGGCGGGGCUUCCUGAGGGUGUUUUGAAUGUAAUCUCUGGAUUUGGCCCAACUGCUGGUGCAGCUCUUGCCAGUCACAUGGAGGUUGACAAGCUUGCUUUUACUGGAUCAACUAAUACUGGCAAGAUCGUACUUGAAUUGGCUGCAAGAAGUAACCUUAAGCCAGUGACAUUAGAGCUUGGUGGCAAGUCCCCUAUGAUCAUAAUGGAUGAUGCCGAUGUGGACCACGCAGUGGAACUUGCACAUUUUGCUUUGUUCUUUAAUCAGGGACAGUGCUGCUGUGCUGGGUCUCGUACAUACGUGCAUGAAAAGGUGUAUGAUGAGUUUGUGGAGAAAGCAAAAGCACGUGCUCUGAAGCGUGUUGUUGGUGACCCUUUCAGAAAGGGUGUUGAACAAGGUCCUCAGAUAGAUGAGGAGCAGUUCAACAAGAUCAUGCGCUACAUUAGAUCCGGCGUUGACAGUGGGGCCACUCUUCAAGCAGGAGGUGACAGAUUAGGCAGCAAGGGUUACUUCAUUCAGCCUACCAUCUUUUCAGAUGUGAAGGAUGGAAUGCCAAUAGCACAAGAGGAGAUCUUUGGGCCAGUUCAAUCAAUCUUAAAAUUCAAUGAUCUUAAUGAGGUCAUACAGAGGGCAAACACCACUCGUUACGGGCUGGCAGCUGGAGUUUUCACCAACAACUUGGACACUGCCAACACCUUGACGCGUGCCCUGAGAGCUGGAACAGUAUGGAUCAAUUGCUUUGAUGUCUUCGAUGCUGCGAUUCCUUUUGGUGGCUACAAGAUGAGUGGGCACGGAAGAGAAAAGGGCAUCGAUAGUCUCAAAAACUACUUACAGGUCAAGGCAGUUGUGACUCCAUUGAAGAACCCUGCAUGGUUGUAAAUCUGUUGUAAAUCUCCUAACGUUGUGGUCUUGCUAUUUAUUUUCUGAGACACCAGGGAGAUGAUGCAUGGCCUCUAAUAAGCCUGACUGCUAUCUGAAUAUAUCUGGUUUUGUACUUUCGUCUUAAAAAUCUCAAACUUGUUUCUGAUAUGAGGUGCCAUGUCUGUCUAAUAAUGAUAUAGAACUUCUCAUUUGUCCCAUGAUUGGUGAGGAGAGCUUAA